UUACUCCAGCGAAACCCAAACCCUAUCCUCCAUUGGCUCUUUCAUUUGCUUUGGUAUGGCGUCUUUGUGCAUUUUCUCGUCUCCACCAUUCUAAUUCCUCUUUUAUUUUCUUUCAGUAUGUUUUCCUGCACCUGUAAUGGCACCCAAUUGGACUCUGCAGUUACAUUCUCUUUCUUUCCAGCCAUACGUAUGGGUUCGAAAGCCUCCUGCUCUGUCCGCCAUAUCCCAACUUGGAAUUGGUUCUAAAUGGGAUGGCAUUAGGUAUGGUCAUUUGAACUGCAACUCAGAUCGGUCUCGAAUUGGUGGAAAUUUUGUUGUAAAAUCGGGUGAGGGCUCCGCAAGCACUGAUUCCGGCGGAAAUGUCGAAGGGGAUGAAAUUGUGCUCAAGAGUGGGACUGGUAGUGUGGCUUCGGAAGAUUACAUAGGGAAAAUGCAGGAGAUGAUUAUUUCGUCACCUCCAGGCGUUUUCUUGAUGAACAAAUGUACUCGAAACGGUCUUGCAAUUGGAUUUUGCGUUGUAACUGCUUGUUUAGCAAUUGUUGCAAGAGUGUAUUUGAUGAGGAAGUCCAGGAACAGUCAUUCCGGAUCAGUGGCGGAUCUUGUUAGGCGAGGUCAGCUGAGAUCUGACAGAAGAGGCAUUUCUAAACCUUUAAAAUACAACGACCCCUUUAAUAAUCCACUGGUGAAGGUUGACAAAAGCAAUUCGUCUGUAGAAAUGUGUGGAAAGGUUUAUCGGUUGGCUCCAGUUACUCUUACUAAAGAGGAACAAAAUAUUCAUCAGAAACGGAGAUCUCGGGCAUAUCAGUGGAAGAGACCAACCAUGUUUCUUAAGGAAGGAGAUUCAAUUCCUCCUGAUGUUGACCCGGAUACAAUCAGGUGGAUUCCUGCAAAUCAUCCUUUUGCAACAACGGCUAGUGAUAUUGAUGAAGAUUUGGCCCAGAACAAUGUCUACCAAAAGCAUGGUGUUCCUUUCCGUAUUCAAGCGGAGCAUGAGGCUUUGCAGAGAAAGCUUGAAGCACUUCAGAGUGACCAGAAACUGAAUAAUUUAUUUAUAGAUCCUGGAAGUGUGAAGGAAUUUGAGAGGCCUUUUAAGUCAAAAUCCAAGUCAGAUGAACAAGUAGAACAAAGUUCUUCAGAUCACCAAACUGGAGAGUCAAAGCCUCCAAACUCUUUUGGGGGUCAAUCUUCGUCCGAUGAAGCACAGAAAUCCUGAGGUAAGGUUUGCUGUAUAAAAUAGGGAUUAGCUUGCAGUUUUGCUAUUAAUACACACCACGAAGUUAGUUAUUGAGGGGCCCUAUUGUAUAGUAUGAAUGCGUGCAGACUUGUUUCAUUAGUUCAUCCAGUUGUGAAUCCACGGAUUUCUGUUGGAGACAAACUUAUAAAGACUAAACUUGGUUGAAUUGGAGGAAUAUAAUAGCUUCUUGGUAAUAAUAUUAUUGUUUAGUCGGAUGCUGCCUCUUGCCUUGUCGCAUUCAAUAGAUAUCUGAAAUCAAGAUUUCAGAGAUUAUUAUA